AUGGAUAUGGACAAGCUGAAGAAGAUGCAGCACGGAAAGGGUACCCCGAGACGUAAGGUCAAGUCCAAGCCAAAGAACUUUGGUGUCGACGACAAGAAGCUCCAGACCGCUCUUAAGAAGAUCAACGUGCAGCCCAUCCAGGCCAUCGAGGAGGUCAACAUGUUCAAGGCCGACGGAAACGUUAUCCACUUCGCUGCACCAAAGGUGCACGCCGCUGUCCCAUCCAACACCUUCGCCAUCUACGGUAACGGUGAGGACAAGGAGCUUACCGAGCUCGUACCCGGCAUCCUGAACCAGCUGGGCCCCGACUCCCUGGCCUCGCUCCGCAAGCUGGCCGAGAGCUACCAGUCGAUGCAGAAGAAGGAGGGUGAGGAGAAGGAGGACGAUGACGACAUCCCAGACUUGGUUGCCGGCGAGACUUUCGACGAGAAGGUCGAUGUCGAGUAAGCGCUUAAAAAAAGUUAAAAGCCGAGCAGGAUGGAUGGGACGCUACUGUGGCGCCAGUACGCAAGGAUGGCUGCUGAGGUGAUGCGAUAGGCUGUUUUGGGCGCACAUGCGUGGAUGGAUUUGUGUCUCAGCCUGGCAGAACAGAUCUUGGGGGGUCAUUCGAAGGGCGAAGUAGGCUCUUGAUGACUUGCUUGUACAAAACUCUUCGAAUACAGCCACAGUCAAUCUUCCAAUGUCCAAUCUGCUUGAAUAUGCGUUGAUACGCCAGGUGAGAAUAAUGUGGUGUGUUUAUGUGGGAGU